AUGUUCAAGAAACGUACCCGCCCAGCCGGGUCCCGAGCCAAAGACACCCCUACCGCCUCCGCAGAAGCUGGCCCAUCGACCAUCUCCCCUUCCCGCUCGCCUCCGCCCGAAGAAACCGAGCCAGCCGAAGACCUCACCGCGGAGAUCGACGAGCUGAUCCUCCUCCGGAAACUCCGAAAGGGCAAGCAAGGGAUCGAUCUCGCCAAGUUCAAUCAGGGCCCCAAGAAGGUCGCUAGGGACGAUCUGGGAACAGGAGCGGCGGGAUAUGGACUGCAUGCGCCCAUGAGAAAGCGGAAUGAGGAUGAUGAGGUGGACGAGUUUGCGGAUGAAGCGGAAAGGAUGAUGCGGAUGGUCCGGAGUAACAACUUUACGCAGCAGACCAAUGCGCUCGACACGGAUAAGCACAUGCUGGCGUAUAUAGAGAGCGAGAUGGCCAAGCGGAAAGGGAAGGCGGAGAAGGAAGGGAGAUCACUUGAGCCCCUGGAUCCUCAGUCGGAGCUGUACAAGAUGGCGGCCAAGUAUCAGUGGGAUAUGGAGAAGGUGGAAGAGGAGGAGGGGAACGUGACGAAUAGUAUGGGCAUGUUGACGAGUAUACCCGAGAUGGACUUGGGAAUGGAGAACCGACUGAGGAACAUCGAGGCGACAGAGAAGGCGAAGCGGGAGAUGGAGGAACGGCGGAAGAAUGAGACAAAGACGAGAAGGCGGCCGGAAGAUGAGGACUUUGCUGCAGCCAGAUACCAUCGACCAACAUUACGAAUAGCAUCAGAUAUCUACGCACACAACGACGAGCAGCGAGAAGCGGCUGGUCUCCCUCCGCCACGAUACAACGACUCGAAGAAGGACAAUCAGCAAGCUACCGACGCGGAGGUGUAUGACCGGUUCAAGAAGAGGUAA